AUGGCCGCCACGUCGAUCCAGGACCGCACGCCGGAGUUCCGGAGUAUCCUGCAGCAGGCUCAGCGCCGCGUGCAGAACAACAAGGCCAGCGCCCAGCGCCAGUCGCUGCUGUCGCAAUCGGAGAAGCAGGCCAGCCAGUCGCCGCAGCGGCAGCGCAGCGAGUUUGCCCGCAAGGCGGCCGAGAUCGGGCGCGGCAUCUCGGGCGCCAUGGCGAAGCUGGAGCGCCUGGCCCAGCUGGCUCGCCGCAAGACGCUCUUCGAUGACCGCCCGGUCGAGAUCGCCGAGCUCACAUACGUCAUAAAACAGGACCUGGCCCAGUUGAACACCUCGAUCAAGCAACUGCAGCAGCUUUCGGCCGCCCAGCACCCUCAGGCCCAGAAGGACCAGGAGGGUGAGCACAACAAGAACGUACUGCUGCUUUUGCAGGGCCGCGUGGCCGACGUUGGUUUGUCGUUCAAGGAAGUGCUCGAGGUCCGCACCAAGAACAUUCAGGCCUCCAAGUCGCGCACAGAGAACUUUGUUUCUUCUGUCUCUCAGAACGCCCAGCAGGGCCUCGAGCCUGGCCGGACCGAUUCGCCGCUCUACCAAACGCCUUCACGGGGUCGUAGCCCAAAGCCUGGUUUCCAGAACACCAACGCGGCUCAGCAGGACCUUCUUACGCUGGAGCCCAACGGUUCCGGAUCAUCCGCCUUGAUGGGAGGAAGAGGCGGUGCGGCGUCGGACCAGCAACUCUUGCUCAUGGAGGAGGCUCAGCCUGAGAACACAUACAUCAACCAGCGCGGUGAGGCUAUCGAAGCUAUCGAGCGGACCAUAUCCGAGCUUGGCGGUAUCUUUGGCCAAUUGGCGCAGAUGGUGUCGGAACAGAGCGAGAUGAUCCAACGCAUUGACGCCAAUACCGAGGACGUCGUCGACAAUGUCCAGGGUGCCCAGCGCGAGCUGAUGAAGUACUGGAAUCGUGUGAGUGGGAACAGAUGGCUAGUCGCUAAGAUGUUCGGUGUUCUUAUGAUUUUCUUCCUUCUCUGGGUCCUUAUCGCUGGUUGA